GCUCCACGUGUCACUUGCCAAUCAUGGAACUUGAAAACCCAGAGCACAAGCCCGAGCCCGAACCGAAGUCCCAGAUCAACCAGAUCAACCAGAUGAGCGAAAUCAGCAAGAUGAGCCGCAGGAACAACGACUCCGCCACCGCCACCGCUUCCGAGGACAAGGUGGUGAUCUACGAGUUCGCCUGGCCCCUCCUGGCGGCCCUCUUCGAGCUGAGCCUGUACAGGAUCCUCCUGGAGCUGCUGGCCCACGUCCUGCUGGCCGUGGUGACCGUGCUGGUGGUCAGCAAGUCCCUCGGCGUCGCCGGGGAGCGCAGCGGGAGGCACGCCGCGUACUCCGUCGUGGGCCUGCUCCUGUGCGCCGGCGAGGCCCUCCUGCUGAGCCACUCCUGGUGGCUGGACGAGCUCUCCUCCGGACGCGUCCUCCUGCUGCACAUGCUCCUGGGCACGAUGGGGCUCUGGCUGGGCGUGGUGGGCGUGUUCCUCAAGGGCGCGGACAAGUGGCGUGCCCGGGAGCCCCACUUCCGCAGCAAGCACGGCGUGCUCGGCCUCCUGGGCGCCCUGUUCCUGUGUGGCUCGCUGGUCAGCGGCCUGCUCCUGGUACUGUCGAGCCACCUGGUCCUGCACCUCGCCCACCGCCUGGCGGGACUCAGCGGCUUCGUGGCCCUCUGCUGCAGCCAGUGGUUCGCUCUCAACUCGGGCUUCGCCCGCCGGGAGUGGGGCGGCCGGCAGGUGCGGUGGCUCAAGAUCGCCACCCUGGCCACCACCGUGUCGGUGAGUGGCUACGAGUUCCUCUGCCUCUCCAGGGACGUCGUCCGCCUGCUGCCCGCCAGCUGGUUCCAGGCGAUCGGGCUGAGCGGUUGGCUUGACCCCCGUAACUAAACUGAAGGCUCAUAGCCAACACAGAAGGCAUAGCUAAACAACUUGAUUAGGGAAACAAUUGUAACACCUCUUUCAAUGCAAGUACAUAUUUCAUUUCAUUGCGGUU